AUGGCAGGGAACCUGAAGAAAGGCGGGGGUCUCAUCGGAAUGAUGAAGGAUGCCUUCCAGCCACACCAUCACCACCUCCACUCCCAUCACCAGCCCGGGGCCGUGGACAAAAAGACGGUGGAGAAAUGCUGGAAACUAAUGGACAAGGUGGUGCGCCUGUGCCAAAACCCCAAAUUGGCUCUAAAGAACAGCCCCCCUUACAUCCUGGACCUGCUGCCAGACACCUACCAGCACCUGCGCACCAUCUUGUCUCGCUACGAGGGCAAAAUGGAGACUCUGGGGGACAACGAGUACUUCCGGGUCUUCAUGGAGAACCUAACCAAGAAGACCAAGCAGACCAUCAGCUUGUUUAAGGAGGGCAAGGAACGCAUGUACGAGGAGAACUCACAACCCAGGCGGAACCUCACCAAGCUUUCGUUAAUCUUCAGCCACAUGCUGGCUGAGCUGAAGGCCAUCUUCCCCAAUGGUCUGUUUCAGGGUGACAACUUCCGCAUCACCAAGGCAGACGCUGCAGAGUUCUGGAGGCACGCCUUCGGGGACAAGACCAUUGUGCCCUGGAAGAUGUUCCGUCAGUCUCUCCAUGAGUUUCAUCCCAUCAGCUCCGGACUGGAGGCCAUGGCCCUCAAGUCCACCAUAGACCUCACCUGCAACGACUAUAUCUCUGUUUUUGAGUUUGACAUCUUCACCAGGCUAUUCCAGCCUUGGUCAUCGCUGCUGCGGAACUGGAACAGCUUGGCAGUUACUCACCCGGGGUACAUGGCCUUCCUCACCUACGAUGAGGUCAAAGCGCGGCUACAGAAGUUCAUCCACAAGCCUGGCAGUUACAUCUUCCGACUGAGCUGUACACGGCUGGGCCAGUGGGCCAUCGGCUACGUGACAGCAGAUGGAAACAUACUCCAGACCAUUCCCCACAAUAAACCCCUCUUUCAGGCCCUCAUAGAUGGCUUCAGGGAAGGAUUCUAUUUAUUCCCAGAUGGCCGGACCCAAAACCCAGAUCUGACAGGACUGUGUGAGCCUUCGCCUCAAGACCACAUCAAAGUCACACAGGAGCAGUAUGAGCUGUACUGUGAGAUGGGCUCCACUUUCCAGCUGUGUAAGAUCUGUGCCGAGAACGACAAGGAUGUGAAGAUUGAGCCCUGUGGUCAUCUCAUGUGCACCUCCUGUCUCACUGCCUGGCAGGAGUCAGAGGGUCAGGGAACGGGUUGUCCCUUCUGUCGCUGUGAGAUUAAGGGUACAGAGCCCAUUGUUGUGGAUCCUUUUGACCCCAAGGACAACAGUGGGGGCUCCUGCAGGGGCACAUAUGGGGCUGAGGGUGCCCCAUCACCCAGCUAUGACGAUGAUGACGACGACAGACUUGAAGACCCUCACCUUAUGAUGAGCAAACUUGCCUGUACAAAGGUGGAGCGCCCCCCGUCACCUAUGUCCAUGGCUCCUCAGUCCUCUCUUCCCCCUGUGCCGCCCAGGCUCGACCUGCUACCACACAGACCUCCCAACCCCCCUGGUGCCUCCAGCCCCGGGCUCACCAGUAAGGCAGCAUCUCACCACAAAGACAAGCCUCUUCCCCUCCCCCCAGCGCUGAGGGAUCUCCCCCCUCCUCCUCCUCCAGACCGCCCACACACAGCCGGGGCAGCCCCCGAUGGACGGCUGCAGAGGCGGCCCUUACCCUGCACUCCUGGGGAGACCCCUCGAGAUAAGCUCCCUCCUACACCCCCAAACCGGCCCCUGGCUGACUGGAACUCCCGGCCUGUUCCCAAGGCCCCGACCUCCUCUUCCUCGUCGUCGUCGUCGUCAUCCUCCUCCUCUUCCUCAUCCACCCAAGUCUCCAUUCUGGGAGUGGACAUUCGAGCAGGUGUCAGGGAACUCUCCAACCGACACUCCCUCCCCUUGGCGCUGCCCUCUGCUCUAGACACACGCUCAGACUCACAGAAGAACAACAGCUCCCUCAGUCUGGACCACCAGCUGAGUCUUGCAGCAGCGGCCUGUCAAGACUAUGACAACCCCAAAGUCAAGCCCUCGGCCUCAGCCAACGCCAUCUAUUCACUGGCAAGAAGACAUUCUCCAGCUCAGAGGCCAGUGAUGGGAGAGGAGGCACGUGACAGUGAGGAGGAGUCGGAGUACAUGAUCCCCUCCUCUCGCCCCGUCCUGCCCCCUAUCACGGCACCACCUGUAGGGGAGACCCCACCAGUCCCGAGGCCUCAACAGCCUCAGGCUCUAUCGGCACUCCAGACACAAGCCUCCACACUCAACUCACGGCUGACACUGGCUGAACUAGAGGAUGGACCUCAAAUGUAUGAAGCCAUGUACAACAUCCAGGCCAGGUCACAACAAGCCAGAGAUUCAGACUAUUCCGAGUUGCCCCCUCUGGCGAUGACCAAUGGUCCCAGAGACCAUGCAGCCGAGGACAGGGAAGAGGAGGAGAACGGCUAUGACUUCCCAAAACCCUGGGUGCCAAUGCCCACAGCUCGACGGACCCUUUCAGAACUGGGGGGGUCGUCUUCCUCCUCUUCAUCUUCCUCAUCAUGCUCAUCUACCAUAGCUGCUUUCAGCCGCCUUUCUCUAGAUUCGGACGCUGGAGCCGCAGCCUCCUUUUCAGAGCCGGUGGAAGCACCAGAGAGACCUCCAAAGCCCCUGCCCAGACGAAUCAGCUCGGAGCGUCGACCCAGCCCUGUCCCGCCCGUCCCUGCUCCACCCAAUGGUGGUGCAACAGGAGGAGAAGCCAACCCUCAAAUCAGUAGCGAGAUCGAGCACCUCAUGAGUCAGGGAUACUCUUACCAGGACAUCCAGAAAGCACUGCUGAUUGCACAGAACAAUAUCGAAAUGGCCAAGAAUAUCUUACGCGAGUUUGUCUCCAUUCCCUCCACCGCGCAUAUUCUUACAUAGCACGCUCCUUGUGCCUCUCUCUCCUGUUUGCUCUCUCGCCCUAGCUUGGCCCAGCCUGGUUGGGUCUAGGUCGGCACAGCCUAGCCCAAAGCCCAAAGCUCAUUGCCUGCAGCACUACCUCCGGUGCUGGCUGACGCCCUACAUCCCUGUGGAUUUUUAACUGGCUGUUACUCCUGCGAACUCACAGCGUCUCUGGGACAUCCGCGAUCUGCACUCCAUGCGCUUUUAACAGUGUCUGGCCUUCUUUAAACUGCUACAGCAGGCCUUUUUCGUUUUCAUGGACAUCUCCGUAGGAGUGACUAACCGUGUCUGAAACAAUGACGGGACGCCACAUGGCGCGAAACUUUCGUAGAAAUCCUGGAAAGACAGAUUCUUAUCUUUGAUGUCGAAGCCUCUUGCUGAAAAUGUAACCAACACCUCACAAAUAAAAACAAAAAAAUGUAUGUCUAUAUGAAAAUUUAAUAUAUGAACAAAUAUAUAUUAAAUGUGUGUAAUAUAUACAGUACUUGCAUAUACAGUAUGUAAAAAUGACUUCAGCUUUGAGGGUCGCUGUUGGUACAAGUGAUGUGGGGACCAAAUUAAAGGGGGGGUUUGGCCCUUUCUCUCAGACUGAGGGAUGUGAGUGUGGGGAGAAAUACACGUGAGGAAGAGUCAGGGUGUCUUCCUCACCAGGAUGUGCUCAGUCAGCAGCAGCUUAGAAGACGUGCAGCCGAGCUUUUUCAUUAUGAAUUCAGUCUGUUAUGGCCUUUGAUUAACAAUGUUGCUUUGGUACUUCUUUUUUUUAGAAAAACAUGCUUGUUUUGUCGUGUUGUAUUUUUCAAAGUAGCAUGACGAUGGUUUCGGGUCUGGGCUGUCUGGCAGUGUGUGUUUAUAUUUGUGAGUUUGUGUAUGUGAGCAUGCAUGUGUGUGCGUGUCUGCCAGACUUCCUCCUUGCUCUUAAAUGAACCCCCUGUUCCUGUACAACAUGAAUGUGGAAUUACAGUCAGUAUACUCAGACGUGUGUUCUGUAAAUGUACUACUGCUCUAACUCAUAUGGCAGGGCCUAGUGUAGCUGUAGAGCCUGGCAGUGAGAUUAUUAGAGGACGUACUAAUGUUGACGACCCUGCAGUACCAGACAGGCUAGUGUUGUGUGAUCCGUGGUGGCUGAAACGUUUUCGUUCUGUCUUUGUCUAACGUCAUUGGCUGGCUGGUUAAAAUAUUCUGUCUCCAGCUCUGUCCAGUGUUGUGUAAAAAAAAAAAAAAAAAAAAAAAACUCAUUGAUUUACUUUGAUAAUAUAUUACUGUAAUAUGAUCAUAAAUAUUGUUGUUAUAAUUCAUUCAGAAGUGCUUCACUGCUGCUACUAUUGUUAGUGCUAAAUAAUUAAGCCUUAAAUGUACAUUUGUGAAUAUUGUGUUUAACCAUCAUCCUGGUUCUUUAAAGUGACAGUAUCAUCCGUAUUUCUCUGGUCGGUAAUGUAGCAUACUUGAAAGUAUAAGUGACUUGUGAGCCUGCAGCCCUCUCAAGCUGUCGUCUCUUGAGUGUUUUAAAAUGUUUCAUUUUUUAAAUAAAUUCUAGACUCUGUAAUAAAGCAAACACAAUGUUUAUGCUAUGGAAACCAGCCAUUUUGUUUAUAGAUUCAGGCCUCUCUUUCACAUCAACUUCCUUUCUCUGCGGCAGUUCACCCCCCCCUGAAAGGAGUUUGAUUGAAUGUGAUUGCUGAGGCUUUUUGAAAAGUAGGCUCAUGGGUUUGCUGGCCCACCCCCAAGUCUAACUUAAAAUCAGUAUUUGGGCCAACUGUAAGAACUAACUCAGGAAUAAUGUUUAUCUAAACAAGUGGCGUUCACCCGAGCUGUCAAAAACCCAGAGGAGACUCAUUGGCAUAGACAGCAGCUCACCUGCCAUCUCUUCAUCCAGGUGACAUGAAAAGUAUCCGCUUAAUGAAGUCACACAAGUAGCCUAUUACUUUUUUUUUUUGGUCACGUUAUAACUUGCACAUUUUUCAUAUUAUUUCCCAAGUUGGCAGGACUAGAAACAGCAGCUUCAUUUCCCGGUACUAUGAAUGAAUAAGAUAAAUAAAUGCAAAGAGCUUUUAGGUACAUUGACUUGAACCGCUCCCAGCAUAUGAAGAAGAAUGUUGUUUUUUUUAGGUGGGGGAGAGUGUAAAUCAUGUCAAUAGCUAAUCAGCCCUUGCUUAUUCUGGGUAAUGCUGUCUGUUGACUGGAAGCUAUCUCUGCGCUGUCUUGCCAUCCUCUAGUUCUCUUUUUUUCUGUUCCUAGUUGCCUUGAGAAAUGUCUUGAAUGAUGGGUAAUAGACGGGGAGUCCCCAAUCCUCAAUACUGUACCAAUGUUUUGUUGAUGCUUCGAUGACAACGCGUCAUUGUGUUAUUUAGCUUUUUUAUUUUUGUUUUCGCACAGUAUACCAAUUUGUGCUUUGAUACUGUCACUCUAAAGAAAAAGCUAAUUGUAUAAAGUUAGUGAUAUGAAAAGAAAAUGGCUGUUUUUUUUUUCAUUUUGCAUUCCAGUACAUGUAUUUUGUUCCAAAGGUUUUGUUUACUUGUGUUAAUAAUUCUGUGAACAGUGCCAUAUGUUUAGAGAUCCUCACCAUGCAUUAGAGUAAGGCCUAAGGCCUUUUUGAAGAGAGUUUGUUGGUAUUGAUCUGUACCUGUUGAUAUCAGAAGGCCAGAAGAUUGUGCAGUAUUGCUUGUAUUAAUCUGUCCAGUCUGCCUUGUCAGCCACAUCAGGCCUGAUCCUUGAGCACAAGUGCUGAUCUGUCAAAGGUCUCCUUUUGUUUGUCUUACUUACCUGAAAGGUAAACCAGGUCCCAAAUCAGUACUCAGCCUCAGAGAUGCUUGAUGCGUACCAGCUCCUCUUACCCUCAGUCUCUGUUUUGGGUUACUUUAACGUUCUGUCAGAAGAGGGAGCCGUUGUUCCAUGUAGCUGUUUCGCUUCUCAUCAGUAAAAGGCAUUCAUUAACUUUACGAUGGUUUUCAAAGCUCAUAUCACUUUGGAAGUAUGCACAGUGCUGUUAAUAAAAUGAUAAGCAAAAGCCA